AUGGAGCUUAAUCGUAAUUACGGAGUUGAAAACGAACUUACUGUUGGAAAUAUUCAACAUGAAUUUUGGCCAUUGGAUGAAAUAGAUCCAAAGAAAGCAAAGUUCCCUUGUUGCGUUAUUUGGACACCUCUACCUGUAGUAUCAUGGUUGGCACCUUUCAUUGGACAUGUUGGCAUAUGUCGGGAAGACGGUACCAUUAUAGAUUUUUCGGGAUCCAACCUUGUUAACAUUGAUGAUUUUGCAUUUGGUUCUGUUGCCAGAUACAUCCAACUGGACCGGAAGCAGGAAAAUGCUGAUGUGACUAAUAGAAAUGAUGACAUGGCAUGUAAAAUCUGUUAUUGA